CACUUCUUUAAUCUCUCUCCUCUCCACCCCACGGCUCCUCUCUCGCCCCUUUUACUUCUUGUUUUCUUCCUCAAUGGUUCGGUGGAAAUGAAAUUGGAACUUCCAUAGCUAAAACUCACAUUUGCCAAAAUAACCUUUUUCUUUGCAAGAAAAUAGCCAAAUUUAUAUAAUCACUAUAACCAUGAAUGGCCACUUUCUUUUCUUGAAUGGUUUAGUGUAUUUACAGAGUGUUUCCAGCUUCAGAUCUGUCUAACUCUUUGUGUUCAAGCUCCAGGAGCUAUUAUAAAUAAAGUUGUAGAUCCAAGCAUUUUUCUUGUGCGCGCAAUAUGGAUGGUGUGGAUGAUAGGAGAAUGGGUUGUAUGGCUGGAUUUCUUCAGAUCUUUGACCGUAAUCACAUUUUAGCUGGGAAGAGACUUUAUGCAACCAAACGCUUGCCACAUUUCACGGUUGUUGAUGAUGCGUCAGAACCCGAUAAAUUUGUUACAUCGCCGGCAGUUUCAAAGGAGCUCGGGAAACCACAUCCUGCUAGACCUGGAGAAACGCCAAGUCCAGACCGAUCCAAGCAGCCGGCAGCAGAGGUCAGCCCGGUCGAGCCAGCUGUUUCUGUCCCCGUAGAGACACCGCCAAAAUCACCACUCCCUCUUCCUAUAUUUGAAGUGAAAGAUGGGACGAGGUCUUCGUGGAAGUUUUGCAAAGAAGCUCCGAGGCUCUCUCUGGACAGCAGAGCUGUUGUUGAUGCUAAAGGAAGUCUUCGGCCGAGGGAGCUACGAACGAAGUCUUCAACUCUAUCAGCAAAUAGAGGUGAGAACACAGAGGAUGGAGCUGACGGUGACGACAAUCAGCGUCCUUGCCCGAGUGUCAUUGCACGGCUAAUGGGCCUUGAACCAUUACCCCAAUCAAGCCCAGAAGCUCUGCCGCAAGCAGAGCUGCGAAGAUCUGCAUCAGAAUCCAGAGUCUCAAGAGACUUGUUUAAUGGCCGUUUUGUGGAAGGAAACCAUGUGGAUUUGAAAGAGCUAAACCAUCCUCGAUCUAACAUAUCAAACAAUGCAAUGAAAGACAAUGCAGCGAACGAACGUAGAAGCUCAAUGUCAAAUGCCAGACCUAUGGAUCGGAUGGGAUAUCCUCUGAAGAACGAGAAGAUUGAAAGGCCAAAGGCUUCGAACAGAAGUUUAAAUUCAUCACCGUGGAAGUCACCUCAACACAGAAAAUGUUUCUUUGAUACAGCAGACAUUUUUCCAGAGCCAAAGCAGACAGUCUCACUCUAUGGUGAGAUAGACAAGAGAUUGAAGAUGAGAGGCAUUGACGAGCCUUCUAAAGAUCUUGAGACCUUGAAGCAAAUCCUUGAGGCUUUGCAACUCAAAGGGCUCCUACAUACCAAAAGACCAUCGGAGCAGAUCGGCCACCGGAAUUUUGUAUACGACCCAACUUACUCAUCUGAUGAGUCCCCAAUAGUCCUUAUGAGGCCUUCGAGAUCAGUUUCACCAAGCCAGAGAAGAAUGGCAAAUGUUACACCCCCGUCAAAUAUGAGAAGCCGAAAUGUCAUUGGUCGGAGACCCAAUCUCUCCAGUGAAAGUCUUCCAUCGGUGAGCCCAUAUCGGGAACGACCUGCUUCUGAACGAAAUGCUCGGAGUCCACUAAGAGCUAGAGAUUCCGGCUCGCCAACCCAGAGAGAAAACAGUGUGAGGCUUUCUAACUCUGUGGCCAAACCAAAGAACUUGAAUGUUGAGACUCGUAGAAGAGCAGGAGAGCCAAUUGAGAAUCGAAGAGGUUCUCCAGUACAAUCACCAAAGCUUAGCUCGAGGAGAAGCAGUUUGGAGCAAAAUGUCACAAAGGGAUCACCUAGAAACAAGAGAGAAAUGGCAGAGAGUAAGCAGAAAGAGAAGAUCACAACCUUUGUUACAGAGGACGAGUCAUCUUCCAUUUCUGAAAGCACCGUUAGCUCAUCUUUUCAAACUGAUGCAGAGAGAUCAAAUUUGGAGGAUUACAAUGAAGGAAGGAGCCUUUUGGAAAGGUGUGAUAAGCUCCUUAAUAGCAUAGCAGAGAUGAAUGCCCCUGAAUCACAACCGAGUCCGGUGUCAGUUCUUGACUCGUCAUUCUACAGGGACGAUUCACCUUCCCCUUCACCUAUCAUGAAAAGGAACAUCGAUUUCAAAGAUGUUUCAGGGGAAUCGGAGGAAGAAAUAUGGAUCUCGGCACUUUCACCUGUCCAAUCAAAGUAUGACGAUUCAACGGAUGACUCUCAUCUUAGUUACAUUUCAGACAUCCUUAGAGCUUCCCAAUAUCUGCCUGAGGAAUCUGAUAUAUUUUUAUUAUUGGAGAAGCAGCAAUAUCUCAAAGGAAAGGACACUUCCAAAGUCUCCAUACUCGAAAGAAAGCUGAUCUUUGACACUAUCACUGAAAUUCUUGAUAGAAACAGGCAACUCCCCCCUUGGAAAGCAUUCUCCUGGUCAGGUUCAUCUAUCGCAAAGCCAUCAGUGGAGAAUGUUUGGACUGAGUUCCAAAGAAUACAAGAACGUGAAAAUGGUAACAACUUGGUCGAGAUCAUUUGUAAAGUUCUCAAGAAAGACCUGGCUCAAGACACUGUCAGUGGUUGGGGAGACUGUCCGGUGGAGAUGUCCGAGGCAGUCUUGGACAUGGAAAGGCAGAUAUUCAAGGAUUUAAUAGUCGAAACGAUCCAAGACCUUGCUGAGUUCAGCUGCAAAACGACCCUCUUAACAUCCCUGUGUAGGAAGUUAGUUUUCUAAGCUGAUAAACAAAAGUUGGCAGGAUAACUACAUUGAGAAGCCCCCUUAUUGCUUGCUUUUUCCUUUCUUUUAAAUUUGUUUUUCCACGUUUUAGGUUUUGGUUCCUAUUGAUUCUUGACUACCUAGGUAAGUACUAAGCUGUUGUAAGGGAAUGGUCACUUUCCAAGAUGUAAAAAAGGGGAAAGUGUUGUUAGAGACUGGACUGGAGUUUGGAGAUCUUUCUUUCUUUCUUUCUGUGAAAUGCAUAAGUUUGAGUUAGUUGGCAGAAAUCAUUGUUUA